AGUUUGCAGUCUGUUCAUUUUUAUUACUUGGCAAUAUGACAAGUUCGAGUAAAAAUGAAACUGUUACAUUAGAUAAUAUAAAAGACUUUGAACCACCUCAAAUAUUGCGAAAUCAAGCCGAGAGUUGGAGUUUUUUGAUGCAUCCUCCUUUGAAGAAAAAUAGUGGUAGCAUCAAAAAAAUUCCAGGAAGUUCGAAAGUGAACGCUGAUUCUUCAGCUUCUAUAAAAUUAUUGGUAAAAGUCAGUGCUGCGUUAAGUCAUUUUAGAUUUAAUAUAAACUCAGGUCCUCGUACGUCACGUUCUACGUUUUCUAUUGAUCAAAGCGAGAUAUCACAUACUCCGAACAUAACUGCACACACUACUUCAAAGUAUUUAACUAAUGCAGAAAUCAAGGAAAGGGCAGAUUACCUUCUAUGUUCUGUUUUUGGACACAAGAAAUAUAAAACAUCUAUUCAGAAACAAGCAGUUUAUACCAUUACAUCCAAAAAAUCGGACGUGUUUAUAUCGUUGCCUACUGGUGCUGGAAAGUCGUUGUGUUAUCAGUUACCUGCACUGAUCCAUCAACCGGGUGUGACGAUUGUAUUUUCACCAUUGAUAGCCUUAAUUCAGGAUCAAGUGCUCGCUUGCAAAGCUCGCGGAAUCAAAUGUGAUUCACUUAAUUCAAAAACUCACACGGAAGACAGAAAGCGCAUUGUUGAAGAUAUCAAAACACUCAAACCUGAGAUACAAUUAUUAUAUAUUACUCCGGAAUCAGUCGCGACUCCGAACAUUCAACGGAUGAUUGUGAAUUUAUUCAAAAGAAACUUGUUAAAUUACUUUGUUGUGGAUGAAGCACACUGUGUUACUCAUUGGGGACAUGAUUUUAGACCAGACUAUUUAAAACUUGGGAUGUUAAGGGAACUUGCACCUGAGGUAUGCUGGAUUGCAUUAACUGCAACUGCUAAUAAAAAUGCUCAAGACGAUAUCAUUAAACAGUUGAAGCUAAGUAAUGUAAGAAUAUUCAAAGCAUCAACAUUCCGCGAUAAUCUUUUUUACGAUGUAGUCAUGAAAGAUUUGUUAUCAUCUGCGCCAGAGCGACAUUUAGCUCUAUUCCUGAUGAAAGCUCUGGGACAGAUUAAAAAAUCUCAUUCAAAAACUGUGGUUCCACCGAAGCAAGCAGCUGCAAAAAUUGAUAGACUAAAGGUGAACUUGACAGAGGACGCUAGUUUUUUGAAAUCUAAAGAAAUUCAUGAGACUUCGACCUUUGAGGGAAGUGGUAUUGUAUAUUGUCGCACACGGGAAGAAUGUGAACGAAUGGCAACUCGCCUGUCACAGGAAGGGAUUCCCACAUAUGCUUAUCAUGCUGGCUUAGGAAAUAAGUUGCGUGACGAUAUUCAAGACAAAUGGAUGAAAAAUGUUAUCCCUGUUAUUGCAGCUACUAUUUCGUUCGGAAUGGGUAUUGAUAAAUCCGAUGUCAGAGUUGUUGUUCACUGGACUUGUUCUCAAAAUUUGGCUGCAUAUUAUCAAGAAUCAGGUCGAGCUGGUCGUGAUGGUAAACGAAGCUACUGUCGUAUAUAUUAUAGCAGAAACGAUCGGCAGUUACUCAGCUUUUUGGUUAAUCAAGAUGUUAUGAAAACAAGGGCAAAGAAAAUUGAUAAGAAAGUGAUUGAUGAGCAAGUCAAAGCAGUGCAGCACGGCUUUGAGAAGAUGAUUGAAUACUGUGAGAAAGCUCAAUGUAGACAUAUUGCUUUUGGACGCUAUUUUGGCGAUGAUGAUUUACGACCAUGUGGAAAAAGUUGUGAUUUCUGUAGAAACCCGAAGGAAUGUGACAAUAUGUUAUCCCAAUUCAAUGCUGAAGCUUGGAAAGAUAUUAGUAGUUCACGUUUUCGGAAACGUCGUAAUGCUGAUGAUGAAGACAGUUUCUUAUAUGAAGGUGGUCGAGUGGGAGUUAAAGAUACCAAUGAAUACGGUCGUGUAAAAUCUGCUGGCAGUGAAGAAAAGCAAUACCGAACGGAAAUUGUGCAACAAGAAUUUGCGAGACAUCUUCAAGUUUCAGCUUCUUCAAAGUUGAUGGUUAUUGAACCAACAGCAAAAAGCGUCGCUAACCUAACAGCCAAUCGAAGGGAAACAAUUCGCAUUGCUCUGUUUGGGGCAUUGUUAUCGAAUUUGUAUGGAAGUGACGAAAGUGAUAUAAACAUUGAGAAACUAUCUUGUAGCAUUGAAUACGAAAUAUAUAGAAAUUCGAAAAACAAUUUCACCUACCAGCAUAAAUCAUCACAAAAAAUAGCUGAGAUCAGAAAGCUGACUAAAGAAAACAAAAGGUAUGCAAUCAGUGAUGGCGUGACUGAUGAAAAACCAGAAACUUCAGGCUUCCAGAAAGUGUCAAGCUUAAUUACUGAAUGAGU